GGUUGCGAUUCAGCCACUCAGGGAAGCAACUGACCUCAGAGAAAAUGUCCAAACUACAAUGACCAGAUUCAAAGAAAUGUGUGGCUUAGCAUCAAUAGCGAAUAUUAAACAGUGUAUCCGAGUGUUGGCUACAAGGUUACAAACAAGUUCUAUUGACAAUUUGGUACUCAUGUUACAAAUGAAAGACAAGUUUCCAGAACUCCAAGCAGAAGGAAACGUUCCGGAAAUGUUGAAAAAAGUUUUAAUUGCAUUUGAUCAAAUGGUCACAGAGAGUAGGACACUAAUUGAGAAGACUGACGAAAUUGUUGACAGGAUAGUUCUCUGUCAGAGAAAUGGACUUGAAUGGCAUGAGGAUCUUCAUAGUCUGUGUGCAAAGGAAGGCCUAAAGGGGAGGAAAAUGACUAAGGCACAAGAGAAUUUUGCAUGGAAUAUCCGAGUAUUGAAAGGUCAAGCUGACCUGCUCACAAGAUCAAAGAAAGAAUGUGAGGAUUGUAUGAUACAGAUCUUAGAAGCGGCCAAUGCACUGGGACUUGUCAGACAUACUCCAACCACUGUGUGA